AUAAUGUCAGGUAAGACUAUUACAGUAACAAGGGUGAACAGUGUAAUUAUAUAAACAACAUAAAAAAAAUAUAUAAACAGCAUAAGGAGCAGUGAAAGUCUGAAAAACAACACGUUGUGCUUAUAAUUAUGAGACACGCACUAUCUAAGCGCGUGAAUACUUUUUCUUCUUCUGAUGUACUAAGGUUCCUAUCCUGCCAAACAAUGGAGAAAAUUACAAUCUCAAUAUCUAAGUUCUCGCUCAACGUCCAAACCCAACAACUCUGGAGAGAGACAGAGACGGAGAGAAACAAAUGAGAAACCCAUCGAAACCAUCGUCAAAAUCAGGUGGUGGAGCUGGUUCUUCUGGGUCAUCGACGAACAGCAAAACGACGCCGUGCUGCAUCAAGGUGGGGCUGAAGAGAGGUCCAUGGACGCCCGAAGAAGACGAGCUCUUGGCCAACUAUAUCAGGAGGGAAGGUGAGGGACGGUGGCGGACGAUGCCGAAGAAGGCGGGUCUCCUCCGCUGCGGGAAGAGCUGCCGUCUCCGGUGGAUGAACUACCUCCGCCCCUCCGUCAAGCGCGGCCACAUAGCUCCAGAUGAAGAAGACCUCAUCCUCCGCCUUCAUCGCCUGCUCGGCAACAGGUGGUCUUUGAUAGCUGGGAGAAUUCCGGGACGGACAGACAAUGAAAUAAAAAACUACUGGAACACUCACCUCAGCAAGAAGUUGAUCAGUCAAGGGAUAGAUCCCAGAACCCACAAGCCAUUAAACACCAAUAUUUCCGACAAAGCUUCUUCAUCGAACGCAUAUCACUCCUCACACUAUGACGCUAAUCUUGUUCUUUCAUCUCUUGAAGAAGCUCAAACUGAUGGUCCAACCAUCGUCAACAGUGGAAACAAGACCUGUAAUCGAAUUGACCUUGAUCAGUACAACAGUGUGGCAUCAGAAAAUGGUGAUGAUGAUGACGACGAUGAUGAUGAUAUUAAUUAUUGCACCGCCACCGACGAUGUGUUCUCUUCAUUCUUAAAUUCUUUGAUCAAUGAGGAUGGGUUCAACUGCCAAAACCAAGUGGAACAGCAAGAGACUAAUAUGAUUGCAAAUGGGUCAGAUGUUUUGAUCACUUCUACCCAGACUUUUGCCUUUGGUGAUGGUUGGGAUGCUCCGAUUAUGUCUUCUGCUUCUGCUUCUGCUUUUAGCCACAAAGAUUCGAAGAAGCUUAAUGAGCAUCUUGGAAAGCAUUUAUGAAGCACUUAAUAAUCACAUAGAUGAACCUAUAUUGGGUUAGUUGAUAAAAAUUCUAGGGUUUGUAACGUUAUUAUGUGUAUCGUGUGUACAUGUUUUGUGCUUUUCUUCCACUUCAUCGCCUCGCCCGUCUUUUAUUGUUGUGGUGUUGAGGUUAAAUGUUAUUACAACUCUCAAAAAAAAAGCCAAACAAUCAUACAUUUCAAUAUUUGUCUUAUGGUAUGAAUGCAUGUGUUCUUUUGCGUAGGCCGAAGAAAUUGAAGCCAUAAAACAAAGGUUUGUUCUAAUUGGUUUCCCUUCUACUCCCAUAUCGCCCUCUCCCCAUCGAGGAAAUAUUCAGCUUAAAUGUGAUACUGGAUGAUCAGUGACACCUGCAUCAUUGUACAAUGAUAAAGCAUUACAUAGAGUCAGCAAACCUUGUAAAUUUCUUGUCUCUUACUCAUGCAACUCAAUCUAAACGUAUCCUUGACGACGAAAAGUCAUCAUUGUAUUGAAUAUACUCCCCCUCCCUCACUUCACACGAUGCUAAGUUGUAUAUGAUGCCACACAACAAGUACCCCCUCAUUUAUUUUUUCUCUCCUCCUUUAUAAGUGUACUCAUAUUUGACGUGCACCUACUGAGGAUUAAUAAAAGUCUACACCGAAGAGAUGAAAAUUCAUAUGCCAAAGGAGAUUCAAAAAGUCGUAAAAGUUUUGAUAUCACUCAAGAUUGUACAGUACAGUAGUCGUUGGAAGAGCAAAUACAAACGGAUGCCAGUAGAGUUGGGCAAAUCAAACACUACAGUAGUCAUUGUAACAGUGGGCACAGUAGCGGAGCAACCGUUGGCAGAGCAGUUUUGGAAUGUGCUUCAGCUAGUAUUAAAGGAGAAGAGGAGGAUGGAAUUUGCUUGGGUAGAGGUG